UUUCAGGAUUAUUAGUUACCACACAGAAGUUUAGGAUUUCUUAUACAGCCCAUGUUUUAGAGGUCAUAAUGUGAUGAUUUUUUCAUGGCUAUUUUUGCCUUCUCUUGCAAAGUAACCCCAAAGGCAUAACUGUAUUCCUAAUUGCUUCAUAGAUUGUGAUUUCUCUUCCUUUUUCUUUACUAUUUUUUGAUAUUGUGUAUUUGUUACAGAAAAAGUUUUCUUCAAACAUGGAUGGAGUAUCUUCAGCGGCUAAUGAAGAAAAAGACAAGAUGGAGAAACCUGUGAGAAGACGUCAUUCCUCAAUUUUGAAACCUCCAAGGAGUCCUCUUCAGGAUCUCAGAAGUGGGAAUGAAAUAGUUCAGGAAUCCAAUACUUUGAGAAAUAGGAAAAGCUCUCGUCGAGUCAGCUUUGCAGAUACUAUCAAGGUAUUCCAGACCGAGUCUCAUAUGAAAACAGUGAGAAAGUCAGAAAUUGCAGAUACAGAAGCAGGAGAAAAUGUUCUACCUAUACAGAAUAGGAAUUCAGAUGACAAAUAUUGUGAGAUUACUGGUAUGAACACAUUGCUUUGUGCUCCCAUUCAGACUCAAAUGCAACAAAGAGAGUUUUCAGUUAUAGAUCCCAGCCAUGAAAACAAAAACGCUAAGGACCAGACAGUCAUCUUUUCCGAUGAAAAUCAAAUGGAUCUGACGGCAAGUCACACCGUGAUGAUUACCGAAGGCCUUUUAGAUUGUACCAAAAGUAAAAAUUCCACCAAGAUAGAUACUGCAUCCUUCCUGACUAAACUAAAGUGCCACAAAGAUAAUGUGAGAAUGAAAAAAGAAUUAAAAAUUCCCAUGGAUCAACACUCCACUCAAGAAAAAAAAAUAAAUUCCAGUGACUUGAUACAAAGAUUGAAAACACGAAAGAAUAAUGCUUGUCCUGCAAGCCCUGAUAAAGAAAAUUUUGAAAUACCUGUUUAUUCCAAACAAUCAAAUAGUGCCUCUUCUAUUCAUCAAAUGCAUGCAUCUCUCAAUGUAAAUGAUAACAGUAUUAAUAUUACUAGAAUCUUCAGAGAACAAGAUGAUGGAAUGGAUUUCACCCAGUGCCAUACAGCCAAUAUUCAUACUUUAUUUCCCCCAUCCAGUGAGGCCAACUUAGUGGGAUUCAAGCAGGACAUUACAACUUAUGAAAAUGACUGUAUGGACCUGACAUCUAAUUAUACCCUGCAGGUUUUACCCUCAGCAAGUAAUUUAUCCAAAAUGGAAACUCAAACUCACAAUAUCACAAAGGAUGUUGAAGCAGUUGGCGGAACUGAGACUGCAGAAAAGUCAGCAGUCCGUAAGACUAAACAAAAUUCUACUUUUCAAGACUCUUCCCUAAACCCUCAACAUAAAACACAUUGUAGUCCCAUUAUAGAGUCAGAAACUCCCGCAGUCACAGGGACUUCUAAUCAACAUGCCAAAACAAUGGCCAUGAACUCAGAAUCUGUAUGUUGUAGUCCAGCUGUUGUUGAAGGUUAUAAGACUUUUUUUUAUUCUAGUUGUAAUGAUGCCAUGGAACUGACCAAGUGUCUCUCAAGCAUGAGAGAGGAGAAAAGUCUGCUGGAGCCUGCUGGUAAUUAUUCUCAAGGACAUGAUGCCAACUCUGUUCUUGCAGAGAAAACAUUUUAUUCAGGAGAGGAUGGUAUGGACAUUACCAAGAGUCACACAGUUGUAAUCGAUAAUCAGAUUUUUAAGCAAGAUAAAACAGAUGUGCCUGUCACAUCUGCACCAAUAGCUGAGGAAGCAGUGAUUCUCCAAAAUCAUACAAAUGUGGCAGAAGAUGUGGAAAGGAAUGUAAAUUGUCAGCCACUUCCUCAAGUAUCUAAGGCAAGAUUACAACAUAGCCUGACAAAUUCUUUAUCUCUUCAUUUGACUGACAAAAAGACUCCACUCUUAGAAGAGGUAGAUAGGGAUUUGACUGAAAGUCACACAACUAACUUAAGUCAAGCUCCUCUUGCAUCUUACAUCCCAGCACCAGAGAGUAUCACUAAAUCUUAUUCUUGUAACAAAAGUCCUCCAGAUAAAUGGGGGAAAAUGUUAAAAAAUAUCCAACCAUCCGAACAACCAAACCUGAUACCUGAAAAUAACCUAAAUGGUAUUCAGGUCAAAGAAAAACGUCAGAUUUUGAAGGUUUCACCUUAUCUUCCUAGUGAUUCUCUCCUGACAGCUGAUUAUUUGAACUGUAAUGUAGCCUACUCUGGUACAGGUCUGGAUAAACAAGUAGCACUAAGAAAUAAUGGAAAUACCGUUUCAAGGGAGCAGCCUUCAUUUUCUCCCAGAAAGUCAUUUUUGUCAUCUGAUUGCCCAUCUGGACACUCUGCCAUGAAAAAUUGCAAUACUGGUGUGAGUAGUCACAUAGCAAAAUCUGUACCAGGCCAGAGUUCUAAAGUACCUGAGUUGCUGAGGAGAGAUUUAGAUGACCCCACACAUGUCUCUUAUCAUGACAAGGCAGUUAUUGGUUCAGAGGAGGAGCAGACUAUGGAUCUAACCAGGAGCCACACUGUUGUCAUUAAAUUUGCUCCUUCUGAAGUACAGGACCUUAGUAGGAGUACUUUAGAACAGAGCAACGGCCAGGUCACAACAGUAAACAGACCCAUAGCUGCAAAAGGAAAAAGCCGCGGCAAAAGUCCUAUAGAAAAAACCGGAGUGUUUUUACCUAAUGAUACCUUUGGUGUGUUAGAGGACAAAAGUGUACAGAAACCUGAAUUUCUGAUGGCAAAGCAAAAUAUCAAAGUUUGUGGAAGGACAAACGUAAACGUUAGUAAACUAAAAAUUGAUAAGACUAUUGUGUUUUCAGAGGGUGUGGAAAAUGAUAUGGAGAUCACCAAGGGUUGUACAGUUGAUAUAAGCCAUAGGUCUUUAUUAGAUAAGUGUGACUCCAAUUUGAUGCCUGUGGCAGGAACUUCUAAAACUAUUUUGUAUGCUUGUGGGCAGGAUGAAAUGGAAAUCACCACAAGUCACACUGUUGCCUUAGAAUGUGAAAGGGUCUCAUCAAAUGAAAAAAUGAUUAGACCUGUGGAAAAGACCACAAUAUUUGUAGAGAAUCACGACGAGCUAGAGAUGACCAAGUCCCACACUGUUUUCAUUGACUACCAUGCAGAGGAGAAGACUUUACCUCCAGACAGGCCCAAGUUUGGACUACCCAAAAGGAAAAGUCUGGGAAUUGCAGGAGUGACAUCUCUUGCUGAAAAGAAUGUUUUCUGCUUAGAAAAUGGUGACAGCAACCAUCCGGCAGCAAAGAAAGGUAGGCAGCUAGCAGACCCAGAAGAGUACUCUCGUCACCAUCCUGGAGGGGAAUGUGGGACAUUAAUGCCUGAGGAUGACCUGGAAGUGUCUAAAUUAACCAGUUGGAAAAAUGUGAAAGAUGUACAAAAGCCUGGAUUUCCAAAUGAAUUUCAGUCAGGCAAAACUCAGAGAAGAAAAAGCCUUAGGUUAAAAAAUGAUCACACCAUUGCCUUUUCAGAGGAUGAUAAAAAUGAUACGGUUAUCACCCAGAGCUCUAGGGCAGAAAUAAACAACAGAGGCACCCUGGAUGGUAGAGAGGACUCUAAUUGGAUGCCUUUGCCAGGAACUUCUAAAACUAUUUGGUAUGCUUGUGGGCAAGAUGAAAUGGAAAUCACUACAAGUCACACUGCUGCCUUAGAAUGUGAAAGGGUCUCUUCUAAUGAAAGAAUUAUUAGACCUAUGGAAAAGACCACAAUGUUUGCAGAUAAUCAGGACGAUCUGGAAGUUACCAAGUCCCAUACUGUUUUCAUUGACUGUCAAGCCACAGAGAAAACACUUCCAGAAUACCCUGCAUUUGGAAUAGCAAGUGAAGAAAACAGUACUGAGGAUAAUAGCUGCGUUCAAGAAAUCACUAAAAAACAAGAGCUGGCUGAGCAAAAGCCUCAGAUGAAAACCUUUAUCCCUCCUCAAAGUGAAAUGGAAUUUGCCAAGUUCCCCAGAGCUGAUAGCGAUGAGGUGGUCAUGGGGAAAAUUGCAGACCAGGCCUACGGAGUAAAAGGAGCCCAAGUUGAAAGCUGUCAUAUAGAUAGUACAGAUAGAAUACAUGUGGAUUUUACAAGUGGCCCAGGAGCUGUUGUUUGUGGACCCAGUGAUAAUUGGAAACAAGGUCUGAAAAAUUUGCAUGGGAAAACUGAAGGAUUUGUAGAUCUCCAAACUGUUCAGGUGCCAUCUACUCCAGAACAAGUACUUGAAUUAGGAAAUACAGGAUACAAUAAUAAGAGUAUGGUACAAAGUAAGGAAAUAGAUAACAUUAUCUCCAAUGAUGCUGAAGAUAAUAGAAAUGAAGAAAAGAAAUCUCUUAAUGGACCUGAAAGUAUGUCUGUGCCAUUAAAGACAGCUGGUAGAGAUAAAAUGAGGAGAUGUUCUUUGGGAAUCUUUUUGCCCAGAUUGCCAAACAAGAGAAAUUGUAGUGUCACCGGUAUAGAUGACCCUGAGCAGAUUCCAGCAGAGUCAACUGAUUUAAAUCGCUUAGAAAUUCUGCCAGUCUCUACCAAGGAUUUAGGUACUGCGUCUGUUGCAUCUAAAAUGAACCUAAGUCCAUCUCAGUAUAUAAAUGAGGAAAAUCUCCCUAUAUAUCCUGGUGAGAUUAACUCCUCAGACUCUAUUAGCAUAGAGAUUGAAGAAAAUACUUUGAUUGAAACUGACCAAAAAGCAACUUUACCAUCUGACAACAGAAUGGAGGAAACCGAUAUUAGCCACAAAAGAACCUGGGUACAAGAAGGAGAUGCUGUUGCAAAUGAGAAAAAAAUCAGAAAACACGACAUUAUGCUGGGGGAUACUACACAGGAUCAGGAGGCUUUUGACUCCCACACUGAAGAGGACAUAGAUAAGCAUGUUAACAGUGUUCUGGCAAAAAGCCCAAGCAGGACCCCGUCUAGCUGCAGCAGCUCUCUGGAUUCAGUCAAGGCGGAUGGGACCUCUCUGGACUUCAGCACAAACCGCAACAGUCAAAUGGAAUCACAAUUUCUCAGUGACACUAUUUGUGAAGAGAGCUUGAGGGAGAAACUCAAAGAUGGGAGCAUUACCAUAAGGGAUUUCUUCAUACUUCUUCAGGUCCACAUUGUGAUCCAGAAGCCCCGGAAGAGCAAUCUCCCAGCCAGAUUUACUACCAAUAUAUCACCUACUCCAGAAGACCUCAUGUUAAGACAAUAUGUGUAUGGACCCAAGAUAGAGAUUUAUAGAGAAGACUGUGAGCUUCUUCGUCAAAAGAUUGAAGCAUUAAAGAUUUCUGCAUUGAACCAAGAUAAACUGUUGACUGACGUAAAUAGGAACCUGUGGGAAAAAAUGAGACACUACUCUGAUGAAGAGCUGAAAGCCUUUGGAACUUAUCUUAACAAAAUUAAAUCUCGUUCAACCAAGAUGACCAAAGUCUUCACUCACCAAGGAAAGGUGGCUCUGUACAACAAGCUGGUGCAGUCAGCUCAGAAUGAGAGAGAGAAACUCGAGAUAAAGAUGAAUGAGAUGGACACCAUACUUAAGAAGAUCAGUCACUGUCUCACUGAAGUGGAAGUAGAAACUAAGAAUUUGGAGAAUGAAGAGAAAGAUAAUUCUGUGGAUGAAUGGAAUUCUCAAAUGAGAGCUGCAGAGAAUGAACUCAAACAGCUGAAAACAGAAGAGAAAGAACUUGAGAGAGCACUAUUAGAAGUGGAGGUGCAGAAAAAGCAGACCCUUGCUCAAAUAGACUUUAUGCAAAAGCAAAUAAAUAGAACUGAAGAACAACUGAAUCAGUUGAGCUUAUCUGAGUGGGAGAUUACCGAGUGGAGCGACGCUCAAGCUGUAUUCACCUUUGUUUAUGACACCAUCAAACUCACCUUCACCUUUGGAGAGGCACUCGCUGGGAUUCCUUUCCUGGACAAGGCUAACAGGAAGAUUGCUGAGGUCGAUUUUCAGUCUCUGUUAGAUGAGGAAAAAGCUCCCCCUUCCUCCCUUUUAGUCCAUAAACUUAUCUUUCAAUACAUCGAGGAACAAGAACCCUGGAAGAAGAAAUGCACAACCCAGCAUCAGGUACCCCAGAUGCUUCACGAACUCUCACUGGUUGUGAAACAUUGUCGACUCCUUGGAGAGGAGAUUGAAUUUUUAAAGAGAUGGGGACCAAAUUACAACCUAAUGCACAUAGACAUGAAGCAUUCUGAAUUGAAGCUUUUGUUCUCCAGCUCUGCAGCUUUUGCAAAGUUUGAGUUAACUUUGUCCGUUUCAGCCUAUUAUCCAUCGGUCCCAUUACCUUUCACCAUUCAAAAUCACCUUGGAAACAUCGGACAUGAUGAAAUUGCUACCAUUAUGUCUAAAGUGCCAUUAGAAGACAACUUCCUAAAGAAUGUAGUCAAGCAAAUUCACCAAGAUCUACUUCAGGACUGUCAUUCUUCUACUAGUCCCACAGGCCAUUGCUGUAACAAUUGAGAAAAAAAAUGCCCUUAGCCAGAUAUGGUGGCACACGUCUGUAAUCCUAGCACUCAAGCGUCUAAGACAGAAGGAUCAUGAAUUUUAGGUCUGCUUGUGCUACACAGUGAGUUUGAGGCCAACUUGUGUUCCAUAGCGAGACCUCAUCUCUAAAUCCAAGCAAACAAAACACAAAAAAAGUAAUAUGUCAUGGACUGCAUUACUGUUUCACAAUUGCUUUUAUGUCAUAGAAAACCAGUAAAAUUCUUCCUGAUGAUGUUAUAGUUAAUUUGUGUGGUUUUUAUAUCUGUAAUUAGGAAAGAUAAAAAGCUUCAAAUAGCUUGCUAUCAACUUGCUUAUUUUCUUACCUAAGGUUACAUAGUAUGACACAUAGAGAAAAUUUCCCUUAGCUAAAGAAGUA